AUGUUCGAAGACGGAAAAAAGGUGUUCUACCGCGCGGUGGGUCUGGUGACCAGGAAGCAGCUGGCGACAACAAGGGUGCAAAGGCUAAUCCUGGGGAAUGGUGCGCAUGAGCGUGUCAGGAGAGCACAACAACAGCCCCCCGUCCACAGACCACUACCAUCAGCUUCCAAAGCAGGGAGAGCAGUCACAGGAGGCACACCAACAACAGCGGCAUUUACAUCACCGGGAGGCUUCGAUGCAUACUAUGCAGACCUGACCCAGGCAUGUUUUUAA